AUGCCGGCAAUCGAAGGAGGAAACCGCAUCCUCCGUGGUGACAACACCGACUGGCUCGGUAUUCGUGAAUCUAUCCGCUCUCGUGCGCCAUCUAUCGGUGCACCCGCUGCUGCCCUCGUUAUCGGCGCAAGAGGAACCGAUAGAGCCGCCAUUUUUGCGCUUCAGUCCUUGGGGUCACAAGUGCUCGUCGAAGCGUUCCCUGACGCCCCUGUCAAGCUGAUCGAGACGCUUGAUGUCUGGCCUGCUGAGGGACCUGCACCAACUGUCAUCGUAUCCACCGUCCCAGCAAGUGCGACAACUACCGACAGCACUAACCCAGGUGCCGUACUCCUUCCGUUGGCGUUGUUUGACGCGACCGUGAACGGCGUGGUCGUGGACAUGGCAUACAAACCCGCAGAGACACCUCUUCUCACGCUCGCGAAGAGUGCAGCUCCCAAUUGGGCAAGGGUUUUGGGGGUUGAGGUGCUCCUGGAGCAGGGUUGUGCGCAAUUUGAAACUUGGAUGGGACGCAGAUGCCCGAAGCAUGUCGUGUUGAAGAGUGUGUUGGAGACAUGUUUUGCAGCUGCCUGGGCUGCGAAGGGGAAAGUUGACGAAGAUGGGUUAUAA